GUCGAUCGGAUCUUGGGUUCACGAAAAGGAAAUGUUUCCAUAGCUACGUGUUGCUUGCGCGUGCGCAAAUUGUCUAUUUUAAUCGUGAAACGCCCUCUGCAUGCGCAUAGUUUGGCCAAAAUUGGGGAAGUGAAAGCCAACGGUGUCGGUGAAGUUUCCAUAAUCGGGGCUUUUUUAUUACUCAUCUAAAAUCUCAAUGACUCAAUGAAUUUGGAAGGUUGUGAGAGAUAAAAGACUUUUCUGAGAUGGCGAAACCAGAUUUUCCGCGGGCUACCCCAACACCUGCCAUUCCACCUAGCCCUGUGUCUGUCAAAGGGCUUAAUAAAGGGCAGCUAUCAUUGAAGAGUAGCCCAUACUCGUCAAACAACAAGAGAGCGCUCAACCAGAAUGAUGUGAUCAAUGGUCUUAACAUCCACUAUAAAAAGCUAGGCUCAGCUAAAUCACGUAUUGAUGCAGGAGUUCCAAAAUCAUGGACAUCAAGUACAAUAAAGCGGGACCAGUUAAAGCGACAAGCCAUGGAAAAGCAGAGAAAGAAGUUACAAAGUACCAAGAAAACUUCUUCAUCUAGGCCUGCUUCAAGGAAUACAACAAAUGACCCUGAUUUAGACUUGGAUGAAGACCUUGCCAAGUAUGGAAUCUCUGAUCUGCGAGGUCCUCGGAAUGCGUCUAUGACCCCUCAACCGUACCGCCCCCGCAGUGCAUACUCAGACGUGAACAGACCACACACCAGCCAAUCACACAACUACAAUUCAAACCAAUACAGGAACAAUAAGAACGCCGACAUGCAAGGCACAAUGACUCUGGACUACCAAAGCCGAACACCAAGAAAGGAAUCAGCGGACAUUCUAGACAAGCGAGCAGAUAAGUUUACAGAGUCGCGAAAGCUGUUCACUCCAAGAACAUUAAAAACGGGUGCCACUUCAAGACUUGCUCAAUCUAAGAACUAUAAUGCACCAAAGAGGAAAGGAGGUGCUAAGGAACUAAAUGAAACUGGAAGGUUAGAGAGAGAACUACAGUGGAAUGAAAACAAUACAAGAACCCUACAUUCCAGAGAGCAGCUUGAGGAGCUAGAAGAGCGAGAUCGACGAGAGAACGCCCGUCUCCAGAGGGCCGAGGAUCAUCUAAGAUGGGUGGAAGAACAAGCUAUGAGGAUACAGUCUCUAGAACUCGAAGGGGAGGAGGAUGAGAUAGGACCGAUGACAUCGAGUCUCAAGCCGUCCAGAAAAGGGCCUCGACAGCAACUUGGUGGAACUCAAGAUUUGAAUGUUAGCUACGGCAAUCAGUCACUCAGGUCAGAACUUGCUUCGAUGACGUACAGAACACCAGAACAAGUAUCAAAGCGGAUGCAAGAAGAGGAGGAAGAAUUGAGAUACCUGGAGUUUGUUACUGAUGUAACCAAUGAUGUAUUGAACAGAGGCAUCUAUACAAAUACGGUCCUGAAGCAAGUCUUUGAAUCACAUAUAGACAAGAAUAAAGGCAGACUAGAUGAGGGAAGAAUGAGGCAUUUGAUGACUCAACUCAAAGAAGACCUAGCAAUUCCAUCUGCAGAUGAUAUUGGUGAUGGGACGUGACCUUUGAACCCCAACAAAAUAUCUUGCAAUACUAAUUUCUUAUUCACACUCAUCUGUCCGUGAUCAUGGGAUAUACCUAUGAAUUGUAUUUCAGUCUGGAUAUCAAUAUUAUUAUCUAGAAUAGAUUUAAUGGGACAGAGUACUUACACUGACAAUAGAAAAGUUUUAUUUUUAUAAUUAAGCCAGUGUUUGCCGAUGCAUGUAUGGAAAGCCAUGAUUAUUAACUUCGAUUUAUCAUUAUCGAGACAUUAGAAUUGGACGUUUUAGCCGGCGUAUGGCAAGCCAUUUUAACAUUUAAUCCUCUUUCUCAAUAUCAAAAAUUGCCAUUUGUUAAAAGUAUAAAAAUUAAAUAUUCAUUUCAAGAUGUAGGCUUGCCAUAUGUGCAUCAGCCUACGCUGGGUAAAAAUCAUUGAGGUUCGUUAGCCUGUUAAAUUGAAUAUAUCGUAAGAUCUUAAUAUUGUGUUUUAAACACAAUAUUAAGAUCUUACGAUAUAUUCAAUUUAAGAGGCAUUUAAGAUGAUUAUAGCAAUUGUGCAAACAAACCUGAAUUCAUGUGCCUCUCAUGCACCUUUGUCUUUCAUGAAUGAAUGUGAGGUUUGUAUGUUGUGAGUUACGUACUGUGUGCAAGAGUAUAUUUGAUGAGCAAAAUACAUGUAGAUAAAUGAUAUUUACAUUUUUAGGUCAAAUGUUGCAGCUAUUUAAUUAUUUGAUUUAUAUGUGACCUGUUGAUGUUUAGAUUAAUGACACAAUUCAAAUUCAUUCCAACUUCUUUCCUAAAAUAUUUUUCCAAAAUGUUAUCAUUUUUUCAGACUCAUAUACCUAGAAAUCAAUGAAUUGUAUGAUUUGAUAGUAUAUAGAUCAUGAAAUGUGCAAAUGAAAAGAAAAACUACUAAGGCAGAAUUUUUCCAGUAGUAUAUUAAGUUUUAUUAUGGUGUCAUGGAUUGUGCUUUUACUUCCUGUUCGGCGAUAGGAAAAAUAGUGUUGAAAUAUAAAGUUUGAUCUUUGCCUUCUGCUAUAAGAAAUCCUAAUUAACUUUGUAGCCUGUUACCCUCAAGUGAUACAGUAGCAUAAGUGUCACUUUUGGAAAUUAAUCCUAAAAGAGCCCAGUCUAUAUAAAGUAAAACAUAUUACUUACUGUUUGUAAUGUGAAGGGGAUUGUAUAAGAAACAAUGUGCAAAUGGUGUGGAUCAUUUUUUCUUGAAAUUUUGAAGUUAUUAUUUUAGUGUGACAACAAAAGUUUAAAAUGGAAUUGGAGAUGGCCUCACCAGACAGAGUGCUGUAUUUCCUUACAAUUUGACCGAAUCAGUUAAAAACAUUUUAGAAAAUAGCACAUUCUACAAAGUCCUAUUAAUGUUAAGAAGAAUGCAUGGAGGGGGGGUUGUCAAAUUGUUAUAUCUAGCUACCUAUUUUGUUAUUUACAUGUACAUUUAAUGACAGAAAUUUGAAGGAAGAGGUAUAAUCUUUAAAGACGAAUUAUAAACAGAAACUUACAUUAGUUGUACAUCCACAUAUACAGUGCAUAUCAAUAAAAAGUUUACACUUUGAAAAAGUUCUGGGAAUUAAAAAAAAUGUACAAUGUAGGGACUCUUUUUUUUUUUACAUAUAUUCUUUGGUUUGGGUCUCAUCUAUUCAAUGAAUGUAAAAUGUUGACAGAACGUUACACUUGAGUGAGCACUGUCCAUUUUUGUAAAGCUCUCAUAAAUCGUUUUGCGCAGAAAUACUCAUUUCUCACUGUGUUAGUAAAAAAAGGUGAAAACAAACUGAACAUGCAGUACAUUUCUUUUGCAUUGUUAGCAAAAUGAAAUAAAAAAGAUAAAUUCAAACAUUUUGUAACAACUUUGCCACCCAAAUUAACAUUUUAACCUGAGGUCAGCAUAACCUUUCCCUUUUUGUGCCAGCUGGAUCUGAGGAUGUAAUUGAAUUUAAGCAAACCUUUAUUUUUGACAUCUCCAGCAUUCUUUCAAAAAAGUUUUUAUCAUUUUAAUUGGGACCACAUUUCAUAUUUUAUUUAAUACUUGUUUCUCCACACUCUUCCCAAGCUUGACAAUGAUUAACAAAACAAAAAUCAAGCCUAAGCUAUUUCACGUGACUCACAGCUCCGUGUAAAGCAGAUAUCAUGUUGGCCUCGGUAUGUGGAGGGGGGGGGGGGCUCAAUUGCGCUCUAAGAAGUGUUUUGGGCUAGGAAACAAGUUAAAGAUAUCUUCAAAUAAAUCUUCCUAGCUAAAAUUAAUGUGUUAUGAUUAACCUUUACUUUUAGUCAUAUAACUAUUUCUAAGUUCUGCGCAAAUCAUUUUUCAUGAACUUUUCAAAAGUUGCGCUCACUAUAGCGGAAAGAUUUUUUGACAGUUAUAUCGUCAUUCUCUUACAGAGAUCUGUAUCAAUGUUUAAACAUAGAAAAAUCUUCAGAAUAUUACAAAUAUAUAAUUUUACAGGAUUAUUUCUAAGUGCAAACUUUUUUAUAUGCAAUGUAGUUUGAUAUUUUUCUUCUCAAAUAUUCUUGAUUGAUACCAUGAAUUGCUUUUUAGUCUGCUGUGCAGACCCUUCACUCAAGUUAAGGGGUCUGAAUGCAAAGCCUACAAUGACUUGUUUAAAGAAGGCCCUCUCAUUCUGAAUUGAAAGAGUAAGUUAUAUCUGUGCUAGUCUCUUAGUAAUUUGUUAAAACAUGAAGUGAUUUCUUGAUAUUAAGAAUAAUACUGUCUUACACCAAAGUUACUGUUUCAUUAUCAAAAUAAUACUGUCAUACACCCAAGUUACUGUUUCAUUAUAGGAAUAAUACUUUCUCACACCAAAGUUACUGUUUCAUUAUCAGAAUAGUACUGUCUUACACCAAAGUGACUGUUUCAUUAUCAAAAUAAUACUGUCUUACACCUAUGUUACUGUUUCAUCUGUAAUAGCUCUAUGGUUUCAUUAUGGUUACUGUAUGCCUAACGCAAUAUUGUAGGUGUAAGUGUCACUCCGUCCUGCUUUACCGCAAUAUGUUACUUAGAUUACUUUGCAGUGAGAAGUUCAACUCGAUAAAUGUUAUUUUCUGGUAUAAGUUUAUCAUGUUUGACACAAUAGUUGUGUGAAAAUGCUUAUGUUAUAAGGGGGGCAUUUCAUGAAAGGACUCGUCGGACGUUUUAUCCGAAAAGUCCCAUUUUAUCGACAGUUAAAGUAAAAUCUUUGUUUUGUUUGAUUUUUCUUUAUCUGUUCAAAUCAUAUUAUUUUCAGCGUGGAAUUCAGUUGCCAUUGUAACAGUGCCUCUCAGCCGAUCAAAGUUAUCAGACCUGAUGGCUUGUCAGACAAAAUUUUUGAUGAAAUGCUCCCCAGGACUCUGAGUUAUUCUCAACUCUUUGUGAAAUACCCCCCCCCUAAAUUUAUUGGAAAAUAUCAAAGAAAAUUAAGGGAAAAAUCAUAUAUAUAGUGAAUCCUGAUUGUUACGAUACGCCCUUACAUGUACACAUGAAAAUAUCUGAAACUCUUGAUGUAGUAUAAUUGUUUAAACUUAAUGUUUUGCUAUUGUACACAUGUUAAAAAAAGUUCCUUGCAGGGGCAUACACUAGCUAAAACACCUUGAUUCUUGUGAUUUUGUACUCUUAAAAUUUCUAAGUAUACCAGAAAUGUACACAAUAGGUUUAUCAAAUUGUGGAAUUAUAUAUAAAAGCUGAGCAAAUGAUA